AUGGGCGAAAAUUCGAAAGAAGUAAUAAGCGCUCAAAGAAGAGCAAAGAAACUGGCCACAAACAGAUUGGCGGCUCUUAAGAAAGUUAAGUACGAUGAAAGGAAAUACCAAACCCCAAUAAUCACGCGGUCAUACGGUGUAGAGCCUGCACCGCCUAUGAUUACAAUAUUUGGGCCACCAUCGUCUGGAAAGACUCUUUUCAUGAAUUCAAUUGUGCGGUGUUACACAAAGCAGAAGAUCCAGAAGAUUAAUGGAGUUGUGACUCUGAUGGCAGCAAAGUCAAAAAGAAUGAGCUUCUAUGAGUGCCCUGCGGACCUUCCUAUAAUGGCAGACACCUCUAAAGUCACAGACCUGAUGAUUCUGAUUAUUGACGCCGAAAUAGGCCUAGAGAUAGAAACAUUUGAAAUGCUAAAUCUACUGAGAACACAUGGGUUCCCAAAGGUAAUGUGUGUCAUCACAAAAAUAGACAAGAUCGAAGGUGGAAUGACCAAGCAGAGAUCGCUUAUUAAAAAGAUGAAGAAGCGGCUGUGGACUGAAGUGUGUGAUGGGAUAAAGGUCAUUCCAAUGUCCAAAGUAGUUGGAGGGCGAUAUCUGGAUAGGGAUGUAAUCAAAGCCUCGCGAUACAUCACACAGAUGAAGUACAGGCCCUUUAUGUGGAGAGCCACGCAUCCAUACAUUGUGGCAGACCAGAUUCUAGAGGAGGACAAAAAAGAAGAGGCCGGCAUUUGUGUCCCAAGCGGAAUGCGGCUGUUCUCUCUCACUGGGUAUGUCAGAGGAGGCAUUGCACUAAAAAAGAACACUGUGUUCCAUCUGCCAGGAAUUGGAGACUACUCUGCAGAAAGCAUAACUGUUAUAAACGAUCCGUGCCCUCUAACCACUCAGCAGAAAAAGAAGCUUAGCGAGAGAAAGAAGCCUCUGUAUGCCCCAACAAGUGACAUAAGAGGGAUGCUUGUCGAGCAGGACGCAAUUUAUCUGGACAUAAAAAAGCCAAAGGAAGAGCAGGAGGCUCCAAUCUACAAUCCAAGCGAAGCAGCCGAAACCCCUUUCUCUCUCUUUGCAGAGCCAGGCAAGAAAAUUCGAAUUGAGUCAGAGGUAGACCCAGCUGAAGCUGCGGAAAGCGAAAAAGCGCAGAAAAAAGAGCAGGAGUCAGAAGACGAAAUGCCAGAAAACUGUGUAACCGACAGCGAGGACUCGCUAGAAGACGAGAUUAAGCAGAACACUGUGAAGCAAAGCAGCCAAACAGUCUCUGAAAUAUGCUCGAUUGAGCAUAUCUCUAGCGAUGAGAGCGACCAUAUGGAUGAAGAGGCAGUGAAGAUGAUGUUUAAGAUGAAGGAGGAAGAUGAAGAGGACUAUAUUGAGCGCUUCAAUGACAAGUACAUAGAAGAAGUGAAGGACAAAAGAGAUAUAUUCACGCAGGAGAAAGAAAAAGUAAAAGAGGCAGAAGAGGCAACGCAGAGCUUGCUUGACAGGCACUCUGCAGAGGCAAGAGAGCAUCUGGAGGGAAUAGCACCAGGAAGAUAUGUUAAAGUCAUGAUUGUUCUUCCAGAGGUCGUUUCUAGUGUAUACACGCCAAAGAAUAUAUUUAUUCUUGGCGCAAACAAGGAAGAGGAGCUUUCCAUGACAUUCAUUCAGGGAAGAGUCAAAAGACACAAAUGGUUCAAAAAGACUCUGAAAACAAAAGAAGCCCACUAUAUCUCUAUGGGGUGGAGAAGGUUCCAAACCACACCAGUGUUCUCUCUGAAAGAUGCAAUUAGAAACAGACUUCUAAAGUACAUCCCCGAAAGCAUGACAUGCAACGCAACCUUCUAUGGCCCAACACACCCGCCCGGCACAAGCUUUACUAUUUUAAGAAAGUUUGGCACUGAUAAGAACUUUAGAAUUGCGGCAAAUGGCAUGCAGUGCGAAAUUGGUGGCAGGCCCCGAAUUAUGAAAAAGCUGAAGCUGAUUGGAUACCCGCAAGAAAUAAAAGGACACACAGUCUUUGUGAAGGACAUGUUCCAUACACAGGAAGAAGCUGCGCGAUACGAAGGAGCUAUGCUUAAGACUGUGAGCGGGCUUAGAGGACAGAUAAAAAAAGCAGGAGCGAAAGGAGUUUUCAGAGCUUCGUUUGAAGGGGUCAUUAAGAUGAGCGAAAUUAUCUUCCUUCCGUGCUUCUUCCCAAUCACUCCGCCAAAGAUCUAUCUUAACGCAGAGAGCUUUGCAGACUCCGGCGAAAUAAAGCUUCUUAAGGAGAUCAGAGACGCGCACGGUAUCUCUCUCGAAAGUAAACAGGACAGCGUGUACAGGGAUAUUGAAGAGCCUGCAGCCUGCCGUGUUGCCCCCAUUCCAAAAUCAGUGCUAUCCAAAGCCCCUCUGUCUAUGCUUAAAAAAGACGAGGAGAAGGAAGUCUUGCAAGGAACAGAGGAGACAAUGCACAAGCUCAAGCUCCUGCGCUCUCUUUCCUUCAAAGUUGAGCAGAUGAAGGAAGCAAAGCAAAAGGCCCGAGAGGACAGAAUAAAGGAGAUCACACAAGAGCGCGGAGAUAAGAGAAAGGAGUUUACUGCAAAGAUGAAAAAUGACGCGAUGAUUAAGAGGACAAUGCCGAACAAAAAGCAUAAGGCCAGCAAAAUGAAGGGAAAGAAGAAGGCUGCCAAAUAG